AUGAUCAGCACUCCGAGUUCGCCCGCCUCUGCAAAGCAUGGCAAUGCAAACCGUGUGGAGGAUGGCGAUGUCACAGUGUAUCGAUCAGACGAUGCAAGCAGACGAUUUGGGAGCGUACCGCAAGCAAUCAAAGGCCAUGGAUCUGACCUGGAUCAUCGAACAGCACCUUCAAUGCCGUCUUCGAACAGGACAGCGCAACAGGAUGAUGUGAUUGCAACGCAAAAAGGGGCGCCAACGACGGUCACACGAUCAAUCUCGUCAACCCGGCCAAGUACCUCAAGAGUGAUACCAGACGCAUUUCAAGCCACGUCUUCUACCCUAUCGCACACGAUCCCUGACCCCGCCACUGCCGACUAUGGCGAAGUCAUCGAGCCGCAGCGUCUUCCAACGUCUACGCACCACAAGGUCAUUCGCCACACCGCCAUUCUUUCUCUUCUUGCGCUCGCCGCCAUUUGGGGCACGCUCGCUCGCGAGGGUCUCGUUGCGCUCAAUACCUACUCCGGCACCUCUGUUGACCCUCUCAUCUGGGCCCAGACUGUCGGGUGUCUGAUCAUGGGCCUUGCUACUGGCGCCAACAGGAAACCGAUUGAGGGGAGAUACCUGCCCGCAUACAUCAUGAUCACCACUGGCCUCUGUGGCAGCAUUACGACAUUCUCAACGUGGAUGCUGGGCGUAUUUCAGGCCUUCAGCAAUGAGAAACAUUACGACAGACAUGGAUUCCAUAAUGUCAUGGAUGCACUCAGCCAGACGGGGUUGACCUUUGGGAUGGCGUUUGCGGGUCUUACGGCCGGUGAUGCGCUGUCAGAUGUUGUGAAUGUGGACAGAGCCAUUGCCUUGUUCUCCAGCAAGGAGAAGGAGGAAUUGGAUAAAGAGGAGGACAAGGGCAAGGGGAAAAUUGCGCAACCUGAGCAGUCUCUUGCGAUUGACUCAUCGAUGAUCCUACUCGGAGCUGCGUUCUGGGUUGGAGCUGCAUUUCUAUGUGGCUUUCAUGCAUCGUACAGGCAUGUCACAUUCAGCUUGGUCUUAGCGCCCUUCGGAGCUGUACUGCGAUGGUAUCUCUCGCGCUUGAACUCUUGCCCUCUUUCUGAGCGAUUUUCACUGCCACUAGGUACGCUCAUUGCGAACUUGUUGAGCACAGCAGUGAUAUGCGCUGCGUUCACUGCGUCCCAUGCGGGCUCACAGCCGCGGCCGUUCUUCGGCGGCAUCACCGGAUGCACUGCGCUGAAGGGUCUCGCGGACGGUUUCUGCGGGUGCUUGUCAACAGUCAGCACGUUUGCUGUGGAGUUAAGGACAAUCAAGCCGAAGACGAAGGCAGUCAGGUACGCAGUGGUGUCAUGGGUCAUCGGCAUCCUCAUAUGUGUGCUGUUGGUUGGUGCACCCUCGUGGUCCACGAGCAUCGACGGUAGCUGCUCGGGCUUCUGA